CCCACAACUCUCAUUCUUCUCUCGGCUUCCCGGCCGGGCCAGCCCUCAGCUUACGUCUCCGCCUGCCCGGCGUCAGCCCCGCCCUUCCUCUCCUAGUGGGUGCUCGGAGGCCCCUACUGGGCCUCCCCACUCCGAGCCGCGAACUGUCGGGUCCCUCGGCUUCUCCAGCACUGCUGGACUUAAGUGCGCUAAGGAAGCGCAUGGCGGCGGUGGGGCCGCGGACUGGCCCCAGCUCCGGGGCCGAGGCGCUGGCACUGGCGGCAGAGCUGCAGGGCGAGGCCACAUGCUCUAUCUGCCUGGAGCUCUUCCGCGAGCCCGUAUCCGUCGAGUGCGGUCACAGCUUCUGCCGCUCCUGUAUCGCGCGCUGUUGGGAGCGCCCCGGCACAGGAACGACCACGGUGCCGCGCGCACUGCCUUGUCCGCUGCCCUGCCCACAGUGUAGAGAGCCCGUGCGUCCCGGCCAGCUGCGGCCCAACAGGCAGCUGGCCUCAGUGGCCACGCUGUUGCGGCGCUUCAGCCUGCCUGCGGCCGCGCCAGGAGAACACCGGCCCCCGGAGGCGGCGGUGGCCGGGUGCGUACAGCAUGGUGAACCGCUCAAGCUCUACUGCCAGGACGACGGACGCGCCAUUUGCGUGGUGUGCGACCGCGCCCGCGAACACCGCGCGCACGCAGUGUUGCCGCUAGACGAGGCUGUGCAGGAAGCUAAGGAGCUCCUGGAGUCUAGGCUGAAGGUCUUGAGGAAGGAUCUGGAAGACUAUGAGGUGUUUCGUUCCACGGAAGAGAAGGAGAGCAAGGAGCUUCUGAAGCAGAUGGCAGCUGAGCGAGAGAAGGUGGGUGCAGAGUUCCAGGCUCUGCGGGCCUUCCUGGUGGAGCAGGAGGGCCGGCUCCUGGGCCGCCUGGAGGAGCUGUCACGGGAGGUGACACAGAAGCAAAAUGAGAACAUAGCUCAGCUUGAGGGUGAAAUCACCCAGCUCUCCAAGCUCAGCAGCCAGAUCCAGGAGACAUCUCGAAAGCCUGACCUUGACUUUCUCCAGGAAUUCAAGAACACACUAAGCAGAUGCAGCAAUGUGCCUGGUCCCAAGCCAACCACAGUCUCUUCUGAGAUGAAGAAUAAAGUCUGGAAUGUUUCCCUCAAGACCUUUGUCUUAAAGGGGCUGCUCAAGAAGUUCAAAGAGGAUCUUCGUGGAGAGCUAGAGAAAGAGGAGAAAGAUUGGCCCCGGGCUGCCUUGGAGGGGCUCCUGCAGAUCACAACAUUGGAGACAGAAAACGGGCGAUUGUGGAAAAGGGUUCCCUGGUCAACUGAGUAGAAGAGAAGAUGCCUUGGACCCUUGGCGCCUGUCCUCUGCCUGUUGUCGACAUGUGGAUUUAGCCUGAGCUGUGAGGACUUGGAGGUGGGUGAGGACAGGAGCCCAGCUAUUGACAGAGGUGUUUCCCAUCACUGGGACUUUCUACCUGGACUUAGCAGGGCCUCUGGUUCUGGAGCAAUAGCAAGUACAGUGCUGUCCUCAGGUGCAAGGGGGCAGGUUCAGGCCCAGCCAGCCAAGUUCAUGACCACUUCUGCUUUGCCUUCUUGUCAGCUUCUAGCUCUGCCUUCAGACGCCUGGAUCCACCUGGCCUGAGGUCAUUUACUCAGGGAGGAGCACUGUACUCCCAGGUCAGAGAACAGCUUGGGACAGAACUGAAAGGAGAUUCUUGACCUGUACAUGAGAGGAAAGCCCAGGACAAUGGCAUUUAUCAUGGCUACCUUCCAAUACCCCUUAAUGAUGAUACAGAGUGAUAUGUACAUCCUCUGCCACAGUGACAGCCAUGUGUUCUCACACAUGCCUAAACCCCUUUUAAAUGCCAAAGUAUAGUCUCCCUUGAGUAAGGAGACCAAAGGCUAUGGGAUUUUGAAACACAAAACAACACUUAUAAUUUUAUAGAUGCAACUAAUAUCAGCAUGGGAAUGCACAGAGCACAAACAUGCCCCUGAUAUACCCUUCCUGGAACUUGUCAAAUGUGUGCCAACAGCAGAGGACCCUGGUGCCAAGGUCUGCUCAGCCUGUGCCCUGGUGGGGUGUUAUUCCCUUGGCUAAUUGUUCCCAAGCUUCUGUUUGGGUGGGCUUCUGGGAGGGGGUUUUGGGCAGUUUCCUGUUUAGUGCUACCCAGGGAAGGGGGAUGAGGAGAUGGAAAUACAAACUCUGAGCUCAUUUCUAGGAUGGCUUAGCUCAUUCUUGACUCCUCCAGUCUGAGUGCAAGAGCACAAGUAGUAGUAAAGGUUUCUGCUAGACUGGGUGAUCAGGUGUGUUUAAAUGUGUGAGGAAUGUGUGCAUGUAUGUUUAUAUCUCAGAUUGAGGGGGCAGGGGUUUGUGUGGAUUUUGGAGAGCAGUUUUAUCAGCACAUGCGUAGGUUUAGGUAUUGCAAACAGACCUAGGUCAAUUUGGUAAUACCCUAUUUUUCAUUUGUUGUUAAAUAUUAGCCACUCCACAUUUAGGUGAGGGUCAUGGUUUUCCUCCCCCACUACCUAGCUAACUGGCUAGAUGAAUCUGUUUAGACAGAUAUGUUGGCAUGUAGGGACAGUGACAAUUGAAUAACCUGGUCUGCAAGUGUCAUGGGGUUUCUGUGCUCUGUCCGUGAGAUGCUCCAAGCACACUCUGAAUACAGGGGUCUUACAGGGGAGGCAUGACACUGUUCUAGAGGCAGACACAGCAGACAUAGCACCAGGAAAUCUGAAUCCAAUGUCCUAUGGGCCUGGGUCAGGAUCAUAUAAGUGUCCAGCCUACAGUAUAAUUGUAUCAUUCCAGAGGGUGAAUCCUAUGUUGUGUUCAUAUAUGGAGAAGUUCUAGAACACUGCAGCCAAUCCAUGUAUUUGAAUACUACUCAUUUCCACAAGGACCCCCCCCCUGCUUUAUUUUAACACUCACUUGCUAAUUAAAUCGCCUAAUGUUAUCGUCAAGCCCUGAUAUUAUCUGGGCUUAUAUGGCUUUUGGACUGAGUAUCACAGUUACCUUUAAGGUCACAUAACAACUGUGCUGAAGUAUUGCAACACAUAUUACAGGUCACAGAAGGUGGGUGUCUGGUGGAGGUGCCUGUAGGGCCAGGUCUGGGGACUGUACGAGUGGCUGUCUGUGUGUAUAUUUUCAGCUUUUGUGUUUGUGAAUGUGAUUGUGUGUCUAUCGAAGUAUGUGUUUGCAGAGUUAAUAACUACAUAGACAUCUAUAUAUCUGAAGAAAUAUAACAACAGUUACAGUAACAAUCACACAUUGAGAUGUUCUCUUUUGGUCAACAAGGCAAUGUAGUGACUUUGGAUGUCACAAUGCUGGUGUGAGGGUAUGUGUGAUUGUAUACAAUUUUCUCUUCCAUCCUUUGGGAUCCUAAGAUCUGUUAGGUGUUCAGGUCUCUGAAAGCAAUGACUGGCUUAGCUUGGGUCCUUCUGACCCCACCCAUUAGUCCCAGAUGCUUGUGAAUUGCAUGAGCUAGUUCCCUGACAACAGACCCUUAAAUGGUUCCUCAGCAUACAGACUUGAGGGUGCCCAUGGAUCUAAGUCACCUGGCCUUGCAGGGACCAUAAAGCAGGUUGGGCCACCAGGGCAAGGUCCAUCACUUACAGCAGUCACUUUCUUUUUUUUUAAUUUAAAAUUUUACUUUAAUUUGAGUUGGUUAACAUAAAGUGUUAUAUUAGUUUCA